GAGUAGACAGGACUGGUUAUUUUUAGGGCAAAUGAGUGAACAAAAAUAGCAUACCGUUGGCUUGUGUCCUUCCCACAACCUUUUAAUUAGUUAUUUGACUUUUUGCAUCAUAGAAAUUGGCCAGUACACAACGUUUGUUGUCGGUUCUGGCAGCCAUCUGCCAGCUGGGGGAAGCUGUCACGGAUGUCUGACAACAAGGAAAGGAAUUCUUUUAAUCUUCAUGGAGAACAAUCUAUAAAUGCAUCCUACAUUUUCCCAACUGGGGAAAGAUAUGAGGGGGAGUGCAGCAGAUCUGCAUCUGGAGAACUGAUGAGGAGUGGUGUUGGUAAACACACCUCAGCAGAUGGGAUCAUAUACACUGGCGAGUGGCAUCAGGACAAGAUGCAUGGUAGAGGGACCUUGCAGCAUCCUUCUGGAGCACUAUAUGAAGGAGAAUUCAAAGACAACAUGUACCAUGGCACGGGAACAUAUACAUUCCCAGACGGCUCUACUUACAAAGGUCACUUUAGCAAGAACAGAUUGGAGGGAGAAGGGGCUUUCACUAACACAGAAGGACUGGUUUGGACGGGAGAGUUUCAUGGCAAAGCCGCACUGGGCCUGAAAAUGCAGCACAGCAUUUCGGCAAAACCAACAUUAUAGUAAUGUAGUGUAUAAAACAUCGGAUCAUACUGUAUAUUCUACAUCUAACUGAAGUGUAUUAGAGAAGGAUUUUUUUUUCACUUUGGGCCUUGUGUUCUACACAAUUCCUUCUUUACCUGUGAUAAAUUUAUUGUACUACUGACAGAUAGACCUGUGUUUCUGCUCAACACUAUCAAGAUCGCACAUCCUCGUAUUUCUGUGUAUUGGUGGUUAGAUAUCAGUGUCAUGUUUCUUGCUCUGAGUCACUCUCUCAGUUGUAUCUCCUGCUUUCCUGGUGGCGGUGCUCCGAUACAGAAAGUGUCUCUUUGUGUGUGCUUCGUUUCACUCAUGAAAUAUCACACAUGGGUUAUUUUCUCUGGCCUUUUGUCACUAUGCUUUUAUGCAGCCGUGAGCGGAGAGGUGAAAUUACAAGGUACAUGACUCUAAAAUAAAUCCAGGAAUAUUAAUGUUAGUUUUGCACCAGUUACUUCAUCGCACACAUUAACUUGGUUACU